UAUAAAAGCACGGUGCGCGGCACCAGCGUCCCUUUUUUACUAAUCGAAAACUCUCUCUGUCGCGUGUCCUAGACAAAAACCUGUAAUUUAAAAUCCAUUAAAAGAAAUGGUAAUAUUUUAUACUGUUUUAUUUAAACAAUUGAGUUCAGGCUCAAACAUUUUGGCGACCGUAGACAGGACACGUGCGGAGAGAGGAACUCUAAAUUUUUAUAGCCACCUCAAGACAACGGCCAUCUUGGCGGAACGGGUUGGGCCUGGAGCAGAAGAAGACGUCGCAAGCCAGAAAAGGGACAUCGCCGCCAGCCGAAUAUCAAGUUCCCGAAGUCUCCUGGGGGACAGCUGCGGCGAACAAAGAAAAACCUGACGAGCGUCGAAGGCGCGGCACCCGGCGGCAGCGUGUGGCGGCUGGCGAGUUUUUAAGGAAAGUGCCGUGAGAAGUGCCCAUACCCACCUAAUUCUGUUUCCCCCAAUUUCUUAAUUAGCCCUAGUCUUUUUUCCAAUUUAAAUUCAUUUUCCAAUUUACAAACCUUAAAUUUAAAUUCAUUCCAACCCAACUUAGCUAACAUCAAUUUAUAUAUCUACCUACUUACUCAACUUUGAACUCGUAAACAACUUAACCUCUAUUUGACCUUUACCCGUACUGACUUGACAACCUUACUUUAAAUUCAAAUUUCACUAGUUCCCCAUCAAUCUAAAAUUAGGAGAGAGCUCGCUGCGUAUUAUUGCCUUCAUUUGUGUUUUAGUUUCAGAACGCAUCUGCAAAUUGUCAGUGUGACGUUAACCUCAAAAGCCACGCUGGCACAUAAACGUUGCUAUAGCAUAGCUUAACGCAUACUGCAUUUCGAGUUUUUUCUGCUUAAAACAGUAAAGUGCAUUGUUCUUUCCAUACUUUUAAUUUAAAAAUUGAGUUUCGUUUAAAGUUUAAUAGAAAUUGCAUAUGCCAUCCUUAUUUUGUGAUAAAAACGUAAGGUGAUAAAUUCAUUUGCAAUCAAAGGCACUGCUUUCUUUAAAAAGUGGAUUCCGUGGACAACCGUCGCAGUGCGUAUCGCGUGCCACAUCUGUAGUGCCACGCCCAUACCUGCCACCACGUGGCAAGUUGUCCAAGGGACUGCUGCCGCAACACACCUCGGCCUAGCUGUUGAAGUUUAAAAGGCGCGUAAGCUGUUUUCACAUUUUUAUUUCUAACGUGGAUAACUUUAAACUUGACAUUUUAUUUUUAAAAUUGUAUUUGACUUGUUUGCUAGCCCAGUUAAAAACAUAAUUCAACAUGGCUGAGGCAGCUAAAAGGGAGGCUCUUCUAGCAGAAUUGCGUACUAAACGCGGAUCGAUUAAAGGUCAAGUUUCCAAAUUCCGCAUUUACUUAGACAAAAUUUCAGAUGAUGAAGUGUUAUCAGGUGUUAAAUUCAAUGAGCUGACCUUAAGAUUAAACAAAGUUAUAGAGUUAUCCACGCGACUUGACGAGCUGCAAACUUCAAUCGAAGUUGCUAAUUUUGAAAAUUUAGACACUGAACUUGCAGAACGGGACAACAAUGAAACCCAUAUCAAUAAUGCUAUAGCUGCAGCUCAGUGUAUUCUUGAACGCUCUCAAGCUCAAAAACCCUCUCCAGAGACUUCUGUCAGAACAUGUUCAUCGAACGGCUGUCAUUCUGAGCAUCUCGGCUUCAAGCUUCCUCAAAUUAAAAUCUCUAAAUUUGAUGGUUCAUAUUAUAAGUGGAUGGAAUUUAAGGACCUUUAUGAAUCUUUAAUUCACAAUAAUGAUCACAUUAAACCUAUUCAUAAAUUCCAUUAUCUGAGCUCUUAUCUUGAAGGGGAUGCGGCCAGAGUGAUAGCAAACUUAGAAGUCUCCGCUAACAAUUAUACUGAAGCCUGGAAAAUUUUGUGUGACAGGUUCAGUAAUAAAAGACAGCUGAUUACUAACCAUUUAAAUUCUCUAUUUAAUUUAGAACCUAUACAGCGAGAAUCGGAUAAGGCCUUAAGGUUCCUUAAUGAUCAUGUAGUUAAAAAUCUCCGGGCCCUAAAGACAUUAGGUCAACCGACAGAGCAUUGGGAUACAAUUUUAGUUCACCUAUUGACGGCUAAGUUAGACGUCAAUACUAAUGCAAAAUGGGAAGAACAUAGGAACACUCUCAAAGAGUGGCCAUCACUCGAUGACUUUAGGGGAUUUCUUAGUAAUCGUGCAGACAUCUUAGAAAAUCUGUAUCGCUCUAGGAGAGAAAAACAAUCUAACCACAAGCCAGAGCCUGUGGCCAAUAAAACUUCAUUUAAACAUGAUAAAAACAUAAAAACAUUCGUGAUUUCAGAGAAACAAGAUGACCACAAGGGUCGGCCGUGCAUCGUGUGCCAUGGUGAUCACAGAGUGUACGACUGCCCAGCCUUUAAAAAGAUGUCAGUCGACGAGCGCUGGUCGCAGGCGUCACGUCUAAAGCUGUGCCAUGUCUGCCUCCGACCGGACCAUGAGACCCGUCAGUGCAAGCUGAACGGUUGCCGGGUAUGUAAGAGACGUCACAAUACAUACUUACACACCACACAAACACUCAACACUUCUCCACCUGGAGCCAGCACGGAACAAACAGCCGAACCUGCAAAUAGUGCUAGGUCGGAUGUGGCUUGCUCCUCGACUAUGCUAACCUCUGACAGUGCAGCGGUGCAAAACACCCUCACUGCUAGCACUUUAAUUAGCACUAGCGAGUCAUUGCUCUCAACAGCUCUAAUUGAAGUGAUCAACCCUAUUAACAACAAAAAGGAGACAGUUAAAUGUCUUGUAGACAGUUGUUCACAGUCUAAUUAUCUAUCUCAUAAUUUGAGACAAAAACUAAAUCUUGAUUGUCAGCCUCUAACUGCCUCAAAUGUGACAGGAAUAGGAAAUACGCCUCUGACCUAUCAACCUGUGCUUUGUGCAGCUCAUAUUCAAUCUAAACUCAGUGAUUUUAAUGCCAAAAUUGACUUUCUAGUUUUAGAUCAAGUAACUAGUCGCUUUCCACAAAACUAUGUAGACAUUAGUCACCUUAACUUACCUGCCUCUGUGCAGCUUGCUGACCCAACAUUUAACGUUCCAUCCCAAAUAGAUAUGCUGUUGGGAGUGGAAAUGUUUUGGACUAUUGUGACAGGUGCUGCAAAAAGAUUGCCAACGAGCAAGCGCACCUUCCUAAUCCCAUCUAAACUAGGGUGGUUAAUAGCGGGACCGGUAGAGGGAGCCUCGGCUCAUUUACAUACAGGGAACACGCGCAGCCACCUCUGUCUCUCUGAUCUGUCGGCCCAAAUGACCAAAUUUUGGGAAACAGAGGAGCUACCGUCUGAAACGGACUCCAUCAAAAAUGGGAGUGAGUUCGAGUCUCACCCUAUAAACCAACACUUUGUUGAAAACACUUACCGCCAAUCUGACGGCAGAUUCGUUGUGCGCUUGCCUUUAAAGGACUCGCCGGACUGCUUAGGCAACUCAUUUAACAUAGCUAAAAAGCGUUUAUUCAGUUUAGAGAAACGUUUUAGUAACCAACCUGAACUAAAAUCAAUGUAUGUUGAUUUCAUAAAUGAAUAUAGAGACUUAGGGCAUCUGUCGGAGUCUGAGCGAUGUUACAAAGCUAAUCACCUCCCGCAUCACCCCGUGAUGAAGGAGAGUGAAUCUACACGCAUGCGCACAGUCUUUCACGCUAGCUGUCCCACCUCUUCUGGGUAUUCAAUAAAUGAUAUUCAGCUUGUAGGCCCUAACAUACAAAGCCCACUGUUUGACAUAUUGCUUAGAUUCCGACAGUACAAGUAUGUGCUAUCUGGUGACAUAGAAAAACAGUACAGGCAAAUAAUGAUGAAUGAAAUAGAUAGAAACCUACAAGUUAUUCUAUGGCGCGAAGAUGAGCACUUACCCAUACGCUCACUAACUUUAAAUACCGUUACGUACGGCUUUGCUUCAUCGAGCUGGCUAGCAGCACGCUGUUUGUGGCAGUUAGGGGCUGAAAGCAAGGAUCCUUUAGUUAGGACUAUUAUACAAAAUGACUUUUACUGUGAUGACUUAUUAACAGGCGCAGACUCUGAAAUAGAGCUGCUUCGUAUACAAGCAGGUGUCUCACAGGCUUUAGCCUCUGGUUGUUUCAAUUUACGUAAAUACCGCUCGAAUUCUAACGCGCUAUUAAAGUCAGAUUAUAUUAAUAAAGAUGAUCACUUAGCAUUGAGUCAAGCUUGCCAAACACUUGGACUAGGGUGGCAACCUAGCCAAGAUGUACUAAACUUUUCCAUUAAAAAUGAUCAUUCUGAUAAAAUAGUUACAAAAAGAAAAAUCUUAUCUGAAACGUUCCAAGUCUUUGAUCCAUUAGGACUCUUAAGUCUAUGCACAGUUAAAGCUAAAAUAUUAAUUCAAACCUUAUGGAAAGAAGGCAAAGCUUGGGACGAGCCAGUGUCUCCUGAAAUACAGCAUAUCUGGUCAAAAUUCAUUAAAAACUUACAUCACAUUAAAUCACUUAGCAUACCUAGAUAUGUAUUAUGUGAGGCAACCUGCACAAUAGAGUUACACUGUUUUUCUGACGCUGCGGAGACUGCAUAUGCAGCCUGCAUUUAUGUUAAAUCUAUUUCUGAAUCCGGUGAACAGAAAGUACAUUUGCUGUGUGCGAGGGACAGAAUUGCUCCAAUCCGUCGCACAUCUAUUCCUAGACUUGAAUUGGCCGGGUGCUUGUUAGCAGCCCAAACAUAUGCAGCCGUAGUACGAGCCUGGAGACGUCCUGUCUCUCGCACAAUAUUCUGGACUGACUCUAGCUGCUGCUUGGCUUGGCUAAAAACAGACAGAUCAAAGCUUAAAACUUUUGUGGCCAACAGGGUAGCAGCUAUAGACAGCCUUGCUCCCGGAGCCACCUGGAGACAUGUACCUACAAAACAAAAUCCAAGUGAUCUUGCAACUCGUGGUGUGGAUCCACAACAUGUCGCAGGGACAGCUCUGUGGUGGGAAGGCCCCGAGUUUCUAUUAAAGCCUGAGAAUGAAUGGCCAGAAUUAAACGCUGUAGAGCCGGAGGUCUUACCUGAAACUAAAGUAACAUCAAUGCUCACUACUAACACAGAAACCUCAUCUAUUAUAGAUUUUGACAGAUUUUCAAAAUACACAGAACUACAACGUACUAUGGCCUAUGUGCGUCGUUUCAUAAAUAACUGUAAGCCCCGUGGGCCUAAAUUAACUGGUGCACUUUCAGCACAGGAGCUUACAGACGCAUUUAACACUCUAAUUAAACUUGCACAGCAGGAGUCAUUCUCUGCAGAGCUUGAAACGCUUCGCAAAGGUCACAGGUUGAGUCCCAAGUCACACAUACUAACCCUGGCCCCGUUCAUCGACUCUCAAGGCCUCUUGAGAGUAGGCGGGAGGCUGGAUGCUUCAGAUUGUACUUACGAUCAGAAGCAUCCAAUGUUGUUACGUGCUAAACACACACUAACUAAACUCAUCUUUACACAUGAACAUGUACGUCUCUUACAUGCCGGGCCACAGUCAUUGCUAGCCUCAGUACGAGACGAGAUAUGGCCGAUCGGAGGCAGGAAUUUGGCACGAAGCACGGCCCACAAUUGUGUCACCUGUAAACGUAUCGCUGGCCAAACUUUAAAAAAUAUAAUGGGAAAUUUACCAGCGCAACGAAUUAAGGCUGAUUUUCCAUUCACGUCAACAGCUGUAGACAUGGCAGGGCCCUAUUUAAUAACAGAUCGCCGGGGGCGUGGAUGCAAAAUCACCAAAUGUUACUUGUGUCUGUUUAUAUGCUUAAGAUAUAAAUGUGUUCAUAUAGAAGCUGUGAGCGACUUAUCUAAAGAUGCAUUUGUGCUAGCUCUACGCAGGUUUAUCGCUAGGCGCGGCAGACCUGCGGAAUUGUUUUGCGAUAAUGGCAGAAACUUUGUAGCUGCAGCUAAAGAAAUUAAUGAUUUUUUUAAGUUAUAUAAAAGUGACUUGUCUGAAUUUGCAGCUGGUCAAGGAAUUAAAUUUAAAUUCGCACCAGCUUACGCGCCAAAUUUCAACGGAUACGUCGAGGCCGGUAUAAGGAGCGCCAAAUUUCAUCUUAAAAGAGUUUUGGGUAACACCCAUCUCACCUUUGAAGAAAUUGCAUCCCUUUUUAGCCAAGUGGAGGCAAUAUUAAACAGUAGGCCUCUCUGUCCACUCUCUCCCUCCCCCUUAGACUUUACACCCCUUACUCCCGGGCACUUUCUCAUUUUUAGGCCGCUCACGUCGCUGCCGGGCCCGCCGCUCGACGACCGCAACCCGCACCGCCUGGACCGCUACCUGAGGCUGGAGCAGCUACGGCAACACUUCUGGAAGCGCUGGUCGGCCGAGUACGUGUCUCUACAACAGCAACGCUACAAAUGGCGCGAGAGGCAACGUGACCUACAACUGGGAGAAGUAGUACUCAUCAAGGAGGAGGGCUUACCGCCGUUGCUCUGGCGCAUGGGCAGAGUCGUCAAACUAUACCACGGGAAGGAUGGCGUACCUCGCGUGGCAGACAUCAAUACCGCUAGAGGGGUGAUCAAGCGUGCGCUGAACAGAAUAUGCCCGCUCUCGUCACAACAAGAAUCCUGAAAGAGAGUCUUUCAGCGCCCCGGAGUAUGUUAACGCCCUGACUGGCAACACAGACAGGAUAGCCAACCUCCGGUCACCCCGCUGAUCCAAUGAGCGGCGGCCAGAGCCUCGAGCUGCCGGACCAAUAGGAAUGAAGACUGAAGCGCCGCGGUUUUCCCCCGUCGCGACACUAUAAAAGCACGGUGCGCGGCACCAGCGUCCCUUUUUUACUAAUCGAAAACUCUCUCUGUCGCGUGUCCUAGACAAAAACCUGUAAUUUAAAAUCCAUUAAAAGAAAUGGUAAUAUUUUAUACUGUUUUAUUUAAACAAUUGA